AUGGCUCUUAUUAACACCAAUGGUUUCAUAAACGGCAAAGCUGCUCUUUCUUUCUGCAAUCCGAAUUUUCCUUCGGCCUUUGUGGAUUCUUAUUCUGAAACAGAUAUUGCUAGUCCUUGCAAACGGACCCCGGUGAAUAUGGCCCCCAGGACUACUGCGGCGACUGACAUGCCGAUGCCUAACUCAGCUUAUCCUCUUAUGCUCUCCGGCGAUGCUGUUUCUGAGUAUAAUGGAGAAUCUAUUUUUGCAUCCAUGAAUACUCUCGCGAAAUCAGUCAGUAGUCAAGUAGAUGUGAAUGCUAACUCCCCAUCAUUGCCACUCAACUCACAUCAAAAGGAUAUACGUUCUAGCGAAUUAUUAUGGCCUCAGCAGGCGCUGGAUUACUCUACCUUGAUGACUAAGCACCAAAGUUAUGUCAAACGCCUGAUGGCCUACAAUCUUAGGCUAAAGCGGAUUCACGAGCGUUCUGCAAAACUGAUAGCUCGUCUCAUAUUGAGUACAAUCUCAGGUCCGAAUAUUCCCGAUUGGCAACUUGUCCAUCCCCCCGCUUCGCUUGUAUCUAACCAGUUGGGUGAGGAGACUGAAAGCAGCACAGAUGAGGAUUUACCCUAUGAUGAUGUACGAACACUUGGAGAUCGUUUCAGGAAAAGCAUUCCUAUUCAGCCUGGGCAAAAUGUAGUCAAUGUGGACGCUUGCCGCAGGGUCCUUCCGUUUGAAGUCAAGCAAACUACUAAGCGCCAUACAUAUCACCUCCUGACUUCCAGCGACUAUUCUAAUCUGAUUAAUCCUUUACUC